AUGAAAUCGUUUUUUCGAAGCGCCAUUUACACCAAACUCUCAUUUCCCAUUCGCCCCUUAAACCCUAACCCCCACCGCGCCGCCCCACUCGCACUCCUCCUGCGGCCCUCCGCCGGCGGACUCUCCACCCUCAGCUCGAUGGCCAGCGACGGGAGUGGUUCCAACGCGCCCCCUUCUCCCACCGCCGCCGCGCUCGAGAAGCAGUUCGAGGUGUUCCGGCAUCAGCUCGACGGCUCCGGCGGCCUUCGCGAGCGUAUUCGGGGCGUUGCCUCGGAGAUUGAGUCCGUCACGAGGAUUAUCCAGUCGAGCCUUCUGCUUAUUCACCAGUCUCGCCCUGUACCUGAGGUUUUGGAGAAGGCCAAGGGACGGAUUGGUGAGUUAAGGGAACUAUACAGCAAACUUGCCGGGAUUAUCCAAGAAUACCCUGGGCAGUAUUACAGGUAUCAUGGUGAUUGGAGGACUGAGACUCAAACAGUAGUGUCUUUGCUUGCUUUCAUGCAUUACUUAGAAACUGAGAGUCUUCUUCUGCACGCGGAGGCUGAAGAAAAACUUGGGUUGAACCCCGUGGAGUUUGGUCUCGAUGUUGAAGACUAUCUAAUUGGAAUUUGUUUUAUGUCUAAUGAUUUGCCAAGGUAUGUUGUCAACCAAGUGACUGCUGGGGAUUAUGACUGCACAAGAAAAGUACUGAAAUUUCUAACUGAUCUGCAUGCUGCAUUUCGCAUGCUGAACCUCCGAAACGACUUUCUGCGCAAGAAAUUUGAUGGAAUGAAGUAUGACCUCAGAAGAGUCGAGGAAGUUUAUUAUGACGUGAAAAUAAGAGGAUUGGCAGCAAAAGAUAACUCAGGUGGGGCUGAAGGAGACGAACAACCAUCAUCUUGA